AUGGGUUCCCGUGGCAAACUCCUUUUCAUUCUCUCUUGCGCCUGGUCAGAUGUCGUUUGGUCCUACAAACUUUCCAACGUUCCUCUCAACACGACCGGUCCCAAUGCUGGCAACGUGUCGGAGACGGAACAGAAAGUGAACGACCUUCUGUUUGAGACACUGGAUGGUGACAUGAAGGAUUUCAAGCAGUUGCCCGACCUGGAGAAGAAGGGUGAGGGCAUGGGCACGCUGGGUAAGAGCUUGGAGUUCUUGAUGCUCAAAGUCGCCCAGUUAGAGACCCUUGCGGAGUUGCAACAGGUAGAGCUCGGGAAUCAGCGUGUUCUCAUCAAAAAGAUGCAUGAGAAGAUGGAUUUUGAUGAAGCGGAGGUCUCCAUGGCACAGCAAGGUUCCGAAGAGAGGGUGCAAGAAGCCCAUGCUGUCCUGAAGCGGGUGAUCCAGAAACACGCACGCCAGCGGGAGGACAGAAAAUACCAUCCCGAGGCCCAGAGGGCGCCGAGUGAAGCCAAAGAGGCGGAGCCCGAGGAAGAACAGGAGGAGGGUCCAGGGGCCCUGCUCCAAAAGCAGGAAGACGGCUUUAAUCCAAUUGGAUGGGUUUCCGAUGUUGCCAGUGCUGCCGUCGACAGUUUGGACGGCACCGGGCUCACCGGCAACGCUUUGACAGAUGCCUACAAAGAGGUCAAAAAACAAGGGACGGGGAAGGCCCUCGAGUUUGUGCGGAACACCGACAUAUCCACUGUGGAGAUGGCCGUUGCGAUCUUGACCGCAGGCUUCGACGAUUGGAGUGCUGAUUGCGACAAUGUUGCUCCGCAACUUGGUCUUAGCGGUGACGCGCUCUACAUAGACUUUGGGCACAACGCCUGCGAGAUCUCACUCAUGGGCCAGCGAACCAAGCUUUUUGAUUGGAACUGGGGAAGGCAAGAAGUACCUCUGCCUAUCUUGGACAUGCUGCCAGAGCCUGCUAGGACAGUCUUCAAGACCCUUGCCCAAGCUGGGAUCGCCAACAUCAACGUGCAGAUCACCAUGGCCACCGGGGUGUCGGACUGCAGCAAUGGCGACCAACCUUUGGCCCUCAUCGAGUGCCUCGGCCACAAGAUCAUCACACAGGUGCCCCCUUUCAAUUACCUGAACCGCAUGAGCGACAUCCUCACUGAGGUCAUCGAGGUCUUUGCCAAGAUAGCAGGGACGGUUGUGGAGAAGGCCAUGGAGAAAGGCUCCUCCCUCGUGCAGACGGCUACUACAUCGAAGUUCCCUGCCGCCGGAGAGCCGCGUGUGCAGCACCACAAGGGCACGAAUCUGGUCAUCGAGUCGCACACUCAGCAUGUGCGGGCUGAGUUGGCCGCCGUGCAAACAAACUUGGCCCGAAAUGCGGAGACAGGAGAUCCCCCUCCUGGUGGUGCCGUCGCCUACGGCCUGGGCGAUGGCAAAGACGUGCAUACCACGCGGCUCAUCACCCAGUUCGACGGUAGGGAGACGGACACCAGCUCUUGCCUUGCCUUUGCACCGAAGAGCCGGAGUGCCGGCAGCGGAGUGAGCAAAGGCGAUUGGCAGGUAGGGAACCAAGGCGAUUUCCUCCAGCUCGAACCGUGGGCUGUGCCGUGCGACAACGCCUGGAUGAAAGACAACUGCAGCAAGUGGCAAGGCUAUUCGUUCUACAGUGGGCAGCUUGCCAUCGAGAAGUGUGUGACUGUGACUUUCAGUCUGGGGAUGCAGCCUGUCGUGGCCUUCGUCGGGGGUUUGCAGUUCGAGAUCUUGCCGAAGCCGCUGUUCCAGCUCGGCACGACGGUGUGCUGGCCGAACCAUCAGCCGGGAGGCGUUGACUUGAGCCUGCUACGAUCCGAGGUGCGGUCUGCAGGUGUCCUGCUCUUCAGCCGCACCCUGCGCCUUACGAAGCGCUUCGGUGCCGGCCCGGAUUUCCUCCGCUCGAAUAUCCGCGGUGGUUACUCGACCUUUCGGAAAUCUCUUGGCAUCGACAAAGUUAAAGGCGAGAGCCGCUGGCCGAUGGACUCCAUCAGCCGCGAGGCUUCGCUCUUGGAGACCCGCGGGACCGGCGGGACCCGCGGCGGGAGCCGCGGCGGGACCCGCGGGACCGCUAAUCAGAGCCAGGGCGAGGCAGAGGCGGAGGUGGAGCUCUCGGAGGAGGAGGUGGCGGCCGAAGCUUUCCAGUGGAGGACCCAGUCGGAAGACUUCUACUUGGCAUCCCUUGACAUCUCCGUCAACAAGACCUUCGAGGCCUACGGCGAGGACGCUGCCAGGCACGUGGGGGCAGGGAAGGAGUCCUUCGAGCUCUUCAGCUUCAAGAACCCGGGACUGGUGGACUUCAAGGUCCAAGGUCUUAUGGCUGGCAAUGUCCUGGAGAUGGGAAUCGAGUUGGGCUUCGGACCUUACAGGAGUCCUGCAAGGAAGAUUCCUCUGGUCGAUAUCGCCGACCAAUUCUCCAUUAUUCUCGCGGGCAUGCCUUUCGUGUCAACUCGAAGCAAGGUCAAGGCCAUCGCCGCACUCCGCGACUUCUCCCCAGGCUCUGUCAUUGCCCUGUACAGCCCUCACUGCCACCGCUUCCUCAACAUGAACGGAGGAGACGGAGAGGGCGGCUUGGGGCUCACCCCCCAAAUGAAUGGCAACGGAGUCGCCGAUUCCUGGACUUGGGAACGCUUCACUGUCGUGGACGCCGGGAAGGGGCAGAUCGCGCUCCACAACAGGCAUCAUAACCGCUUCCUCGGCACAGGUCACGUCAGGGCACAUCGGAAUGCUGAUGACUUGCCCAGCGAGUGGACUUCCGAGCGCUUUACAGUGGUGGAGCUCGGAGACGGCGAGGUGGCUUUCCACAACACUGCCUCAAACAGAUUCCUGAACAUGCGCGCCGAAGGUGUGGGAAGGAGCAACCAUCCGCCAAAGCCUCCUCAACUACCAUCCAACUGGGGCUGGGAGCGCUUCCGCAUCUUGCCAGCAGAGCGGAUCUUGGUUCCAGGCUCCUCGAUAGCCUUGCACAGCCCGCGCUGGAACCGCUUCGUUGUGAUGACAAACGGAGCGUUAGAGCGAAGUGUCGAAAAGGACGUGACAGACUUCCCCGAGGAGUGGACGUGGGAGCGCUUCACCGUGGUCGACGCAGGGGGUGGACAGAUCGCCUUGCACAACACCUUUCAGAACCGCUUCGUCGGGGUGGGUGGUACAAGCGCUCACAGGUUGGUGGACCAACUUCCCAGUGACUGGACCUUCGAGAAGUUCGAUGUGUGGCCUGCUGGGAACGGCGAGGUUGUCCUUCACAACACGGCCCACAACCAGAUGCUUCGCAUGUCAGAUCACACCGUCGACGCAAGCGUGCACAUGGAUCCGAAGCACCUGCCUGACAAUUGGAGCAUGGAGCGAUUUCAGGUGGUUCAGGUGAAGCCGUAUCUUCAGCCGGGUACAACGGUGGCCCUCCGUUGUGCCGUUCACGGCCGCUUCGUCAAGAUGUAUCCAGGUGCACCCAGCGCCCUUCUGUUGGCGAUGGAGAACAAGACUCAACACGACACAGUCGCACUCUCAUCUUUCGGGCCCACAAACAUGAUCAAAGAGAUCACCGACGGCGCAUGGGAGCAUUGGCAAGAGGAGCGAGACGCGGAGCGGGCUGCAAGAGAAGCGGCUUGGGUACGUGAAGCAGCGGAGGAGCAAGCUCGCUGGGAAGCUGAGCAGCAAGAGGCAGCGCGGCAGGCAGCUCAGCGGCAAUUUGAGGAGCAAGAGGCCGCGCGACGGGCUGCUGAGGAGGCUGCCCGUAAGGCGGCGCUCCUCGGCACCAUAGGCCGCAGCGUGGAGAUGGGCGAGCACGACAUGCCAGACUGGUGGACUUGGGAGCGGUUCACAGUUGUGGAUGCCGGCAAUGGGCAGGUAGCUUUCCACAACAGCCUCCACAACAGAUUCCUGAAGAUGAACGGAGACCGAAUGCAAAGCAGCGCCCCCCAGGCUCCAGAUGCUUUGCCGGCUGGAUGGUCCUGGGAACGGUUCACGGUGUUGCCCGCCGGGCACGGUCAGUUCAUGUUACACAACUCCGUGCACAACCGCGUGGUUCAAAUGACGAACGAUAAUGUGGCUGCAAGUCCGCACAUGAACCCGCAGGACAUGCCUGGUGAGUGGACGUGGGAGCGUUUCCAGAUUGUGCCCGUAAAGCCCUACUUGCAGCCAGGUACCGUGGUGGCCCUGCAUUGCGGUCAUCACAACCGCUACAUCACGAUGAAGGGGGCUUCUCUCGAGCGCAGCGCGGAGAGGGGAGCCAACGGCUUGCCUGCCAACUGGAACCUGGAGCGCUUCACAGUGGUGGACGCUGGGAAUGGUCAGAUCGCUUUGCACAACGCCCAGAACAAUCGGUUCGUGCAGAUGAGGGCCAUGGGAGCCAUGGGAGCCAGCCCUCCCAGAGCUGCAACUGACUUUCCGAAAGCCUGGACUUGGGAGCGCUUCACUGUUGUGCCUGCCGGGCACGGGGAGUUUGCGUUCCACAACACCUAUCACAACCGCAUGAUUGCCAUGUCGGACAGCACCAUUGCCGGAAGCAAAGUAGUGGCACCACAGGACUUGACAUCUGAAUGGACAUGGGAGCGCUUUCGCAUCGUGCAAGUUUCCGAGGCCAGCGAGAAGGCCCAGGACGUACGUGCGACUUUCGACUGA